CAACUCAUGGGAUGUAGUGGAGGCAGAGUCAGGUUCAACUUUGGGAAGGCGCUGUCCAAAGCCUCGGUGUUUUUCACCAUGGUCCUGAUCUUCACCUUCUUCUUCUACUGCCUCACCGGAUUCUGCGACUCGGCUCCGAGGACCCUGUACAGUCAGGGGGGUGCAGACAGGGACUAUGACGUUCUGGACGAUCAUCGCCGCGUACUGGACGACCUGCGACCAGCGCAGAACCGCUCUGACUCCGCGGACGCACGGAGGAUGGACGCGCCAACGGGACGUUUGCUCCCUCAGCGCGCACCGGACAGCGCGAAUGAAAGCGCGCAGAGCGGCGGCAUCCCCGUGUCCAAUACCUUCGGGACCAAAAGGUUUCCGCAGGCGAUUAUAAUCGGCGUGAAGAAAGGAGGGACCCGCGCACUGCUGGAGUUUCUCCGCAUCCACCCGGACGUGAGAGCGGUCGGUUCUGAGCCUCACUUCUUCGACAGGUUUUAUGAUAAAGGGCUGGAGUGGUACAGGAACCUGAUGCCUCGGACACUGGACGGACAGAUCACCAUGGAGAAAACGCCCAGCUACUUUGUCACGAAGGAGGCUCCCGGCCGUGUCUGCACCAUGAACUGCCAAACCAAGCUCAUUGUGGUGGUUAGGGAUCCUGUGACCCGGGCGGUGUCUGACUACACCCAGACACUGUCCAAGAACCCAGGCCUCCCAUCCUUCCAGAGCCUGGCCUUGAAAAACUCCUCCACAGGUCUGAUUGACACCACGUGGAGCGCCGUGCGCAUCGGCCUCUACGCUAAACAUCUGGAGAACUGGCUGCAGCACUUCCCCCUGUCUCAUUUUCUGUUUGUCAGUGGUGAGCGGUUGGUUAGCGAUCCGGCUGGGGAGAUGGGCCGGGUUCAAGACUUCCUGGGUCUGAAAAGGGUUGUUUCAGACAAACACUUCUACUUUAACCAGACCAAAGGUUUCCCCUGCUUGAAGAAGCCUGAGGGGAGCAGCAGACCUCGCUGCCUUGGAAAGUCAAAGGGCAGACCCCAUCCCCAGAUCCCCUCCGAGGUCCUCCAGAGACUGAGAGACUUCUACAGGCCCUUCAACCACCACUUCUACCAGAUAAGUGGACAAGACUUUGGGUGGGACUAACACAGGAGGAUGCAUUAUAUAGACAGCCUCUUACUUUUUGGAGGGACUGUUAAGGGCUAAUGUUCUCAGGUACGAUGUAGAGGAAUACAAAGUCUGGGACACUUCUUGGACCGUUCUGCCUCAGUGGAAUCGACAUGACAUGCAGCGCUCACAAAAUGUCAUGUUUUGUCGUAGAGUCGAAGAUGACAUGCGCACAGUGCUGCCAAUAUGCA